AUGUCAUUUGCUAAUUUUGAUCUAGAAGCUCAGACUCGUAAGUCUGCUUCAGCAGAGGAUGAUAUAGGAACAAAACUUGCACUGUAUGCUGGCUUGGCUGCCCAAUUAAAUAGACAGAAACAAUUCAUUGGCAGUAAACGAGAUUCUGAAGGUCUUAGGAAACAAUUGGAUGAAUUAGUAAAGAAAAUAAAUACUGCUGAAGCAGAGUGUCGACGUUUACUUAAUGCUCAAGAUAACAAGACGGCGACAUCACUGAAUUCAAACGAUUAUGUUGUUAGAGAAAGACUCGAGACGGAGUUUAGUGCAGUUCAGAGACAACUGACUGCUACAAUUAAGAUGUAUCAACAAAAGAAACAUGCUACGCCAUUAGAAUCUUCUUCUGAGAGGACCAAAUUGUUUCAAAGUAACCCCCAACAACAAUAUGGAGCUUUUGAAGAUCAUCAACAAAGUCAACAAGCCCAACAAGUCCAGCAACUAGUUUUAGAGCCUCAAAUUGACCAAACAGAUCUUGAAUAUCACACGUUGGUUACGGAGCAGAGAGAAAACGAGAUAACAAGAAUACACGAGGGGGUAAUGGAGGUGAAUGCUAUAUUCAAAGACUUGGAUCAAAUAGUUAACCAACAGGGUGAACAACUUGAUACCAUAGAGAACAAUAUCACCAACUAUGAGGGGAACGCUCAAGGAGCUCACAAGGAAUUGAUAAGAGCUGAAGAACACCAAAAGCAAAAGAAUAAAUGCUGUGUAAUACUGUUGAUUGUUUUCUCGGUUAUUCUAUUGACCAUUAUUCUUAUAGCUAUCAGUUGA